GGCUCAUUAAGUUGUAAUGGCAGAGAGAGCGGCUGUUACGACGCCUGGUAUUGUGUACAUAAGCCGAAUACCUCCCGGAAUGAAGCAUCAGAAAGUACGGCAUCUUAUGUCUCAGUUUGGGGGCGUUGGGCGAGUCUUUCUCCAACCUGAAGACGCUGCAGUGAGGAAGAGAAGGCAGCGAUUUGGAGGAAGCAAGAGAAAGAAUUUUACAGAGGGAUGGGUGGAGUUUGAUGACAAGAGAAUUGCAAAAUCAGUCGCCAGGUCAUUGAAUGCCACCCAGAUCGGAGGACAAAAGCAUAGUAGAUAUUAUGACGAUCUGUGGAAUAUUAAAUAUUUGCCGAAAUUCAGAUGGACUCAUUUGACUGAGAAACUAGCAUAUGAAGCAGCUGUGAGACAGCAAAAGAUGAGAACGGAAAUGUCACAAGCCAAACGAGAGACUCGAUUUUACAUGGAGAACGUCGAUAAACAGAAAGAAUUUAGUGCCAUAGAAGAACGAAAACGGAAACGAGGACAAGAAACAGAGCAGGAAACACAUGAGUGGAGAAUGAGAUCAUUCCGGCAACGGAAGACGUUGAAAACUGAUGAGGAAAGCAGGGAAGCCAACCCCGUCGAUGUGCCAUCUCUGGUAUUAUCCAAGGUAUUACCGUCUGACACUUGACACGCUUCAUUGCUGCAACAAUCGAAGUUCUAAUCUGAUAUGCAUGUUGCAUGGAUUUCCGUACUGUGAACAGUAGCAGCAACAAAAAAAAAACCUAAAAUAAUAAAUUGUAGCAACGUACGUAAUUUUUGAGAUCAAAG